UUUUAAAUAACUUAUUAUUAUUACUUUAUAAUAGCUUAUUAAAUAACUUAUAUUAAACUUAUGAUGAAUAGUUAUUCAUUAUUUUGUUUGAACUCCUUAUUUUCAGGUGUCAUUUACAUGCAGCCAGACUUUAUAAUAGCUUAUUAAAUAACUUAUAUUAAACUUAUUAUGAAUAGUCAUUCAUUAUUUUGUUUAAACUCCUUAUUUUCAGGUGUCAUUUACAUGCAGCCCAGGCUUACCGUGUGAUUUAAUUCUAACCUCUUUAGCUACAAAUGGUAUUGGAAUGUGCAGAAGUUCUUCUCUUGUUGUUCUGCCAUGUACCUAUUGGCUGCAAGAUGAGGAAAACUCAACAAAUAGCUCAAAAGAAGACGAAAGAAAGCUACAAUUUAUUUGCGAUGAAGAAAAGAAAAGCGAAAGUGAAUCUUCAACAAUUUCGAAGACAAAAAGCGAAGUCAAAAAGGCUUUCAGAAGCUUUAAGGACAUGCAACGAAAAUUCCUUCAAACAGUAACCGCUAGACUUACAGUUGCCCAGGUAGUGGAUGGUGUUAAGGCGGGUGCUGUACCUAGUUUCGAUUAUAUCAUGUUCGUUUUAAUAGCUAGUAUGAUUGCUGCGCUGGGGCUAAUUGAGAACAGUUCAGUUAUCAUCGUUGCGUCCAUGCUCAUCUCACCCAUCAUGGGUCCUAUUCUAGCUGGAACAUUCGGAGCAGUAAUACGAGACCGAGCUCUUCGGAAUCUCGGAAUAAAAACAGAAACAUUAUCAUUGUUUCUUUGCGUAAUAAUAGGUUUUACAAUUGGUAUAGUAUGCCAAGUGUUAAAUGGAGUUUGGAACAAUAGCAGACAAUGGCCUAAUCCUGAGAUGAUAAGUAGGGGACAAGAAAGAGGACUAUGGAUUGGGGUACUUAUUGCUUUACCAUCUGGAGCUGGUGUGGCACUAUCAGUUUUAGGAGGCAACGCGGGUUCUCUGGUGGGUGUUGCUAUAUCUGCAUCCCUUUUACCUCCUGCUAUCAACACGGGUCUGUUAUGGGGAAUGGCUGCUGUUAGAACUAUCAAAGCGCAUGAUGAAACAUCAGAAUACGUCCGAGUGGAAGGCAUACUUCGUCUUAUGAAACCGUCUUUAGUACCACCAGAGGAUUAUGAAACCAAUUAUUUUAUUGAAAUGGACAAAGAAUGCGCAGUUCUUGGUCUUGUUUCUCUUACUUUAGCUCUAGUUAACAUAAUUUGCAUUUUUCUUGCUGCCCUUGUCGUUCUAAAGAUUAAAGAAGUAGCUCCAAGAACAAGUAUAGCAAGAACUUCAAGAUUUUGGAAAGAAGACAUAAAGAUAGCUCGAGAUUACAAUACCUCAAUGCCAGCAUCCGAAGCAGACGAACUUGGAAAACAAUUUUUGGCUGAAUGGGCGACUCUCAAUGGCUUAGAGCCUGAUGCUCUUCUGAGUGACGACGCUGAAGCAGCUAUGACAAGGAUGGAAACUUUAAAAGACAUUAUGGAGGAUGUUGAAACUGAUGAAGUUUUUCAAACCGUUGCUAGAUCUGUAAGCACUUCUGCAGAUCCUAGAAAAAUCAGUGCUGCACUCUUUAUGCCCAUAAGUAAACGAAUAAGUGUGAUGACUACAUCUCCAAACCUCUCUGUCCCAGUCGUGGCAAACGGAGAUCAAAGAAGGCGCAGAGGAACAUGGGCUCAAACAUUACAUCCUACUGAGGACAAACCAGAAGACAAAUUAAAGCUUGAUCCAGAACUGCAGGAUGUGGAACUGAGGCGGCCAAAAACCCUCUCAGUAAGUCCACGCGUACAAAGACCAUCCUCCUCAAGAAACAGUGUGGCUGUUCUUCGCCAGUCUUUAAUGAAUACUAACAAUCCUUACACUCUUUGGCCUGCACAAAAACCACGAUUUGUCGUUACACCUGUACCCGAAGAACCUGCUGCUCUUUCUACUCCAAGUUCACCGACACGAAGACGAAUCAGCAGGUUCUUGCAAGACCCAUGCGUUAUUCUAAAAGAGACUACUUGUUGAGAGAAUCGGAACUAGAAAAAGGUUAAACCCUCUAAAUAUUGAAGUUUAGAAUGUGUUGAACAAGUGAUUUAGUGAAAUAUAUGCAUGAUUACUUCAUUACCCAUUUUACCAUAAGAGAUAAAUGUGAAUCAUUCGAGCUGGAAUAUGAUGGACAUCAUAAUGUGUAUUGUCUUUCAAUAGUCACUAAUCACGGUUGACAUUUUUAAACAUUUUAAAUUAGAACUAUUAUCAAUAAAAUGAAUAUGUAUGCCUAAAUAGGCUUUUUUUUGUUAAAUCAAUCAUUUUGCAAGUAAUUAUCUUGCUAUAUUAUUGGGUUAAUUAAAGAGUUUAAUAGAAGAAUCUUCUAAUUGGCCUUCUUGAUGUGUCAAGUGAAGAACUUAGUAGAUGAAGGUUCUAAGUGAUUCUUCAAUGAACACAAUAAUACCUAUUGUGUUAAUUAAAGAGUUUAGUAGAAGAAGAUUAUAAGUGAUUCUUUAAUUAACACAGUAAUACUUAUUGCGUUAAUUAAAUAAGUUAUAAGUUACAAAUGUUAUAUAGUUAUAAAAGAGGGUUAUAAAUGACAUCUCGGGAUGGGGGAUUUUAUUUUGAGUACACAACAUUAAUUUAUUUAGAAAUUUUUUUUUUACUCCGCACAUAACAGUACAAGAUGGUAAUAAGUGACAUUCUAUGAAUGUUUUCGGAAUCGAAUAAGGAUUCCAUCUGAAUAAGUGAUUGACGAGUAGCCUUUGAAAACCUCUCUUUUGAAGGCAAAUUAAGACGCUAAGACUGCAAACUUUGCCACCAAUCUUUUUAGUGAGGGUCACAGAUUUCAAUAAUUUGGAAUUGAUUGCGGACAAGAAAUAAGGGCCAGACAUAAUCAACACAUAAAGCUAAUUUACUCAAAUACUAUGAAAUGUCACUAAGAGAUUUCCUCCUCCAGUUCUUCAAUUAAACCUUUAAGACUCUCUUUUACCAUCAAAUUAAGGUGUAAUUUAGUGUUUGAAUAAAAUUAAAUAAUUAUAAUUAAAAUCCGCAACCUUCUAUAUUAGGAAAUAUGACAACAACCUAAAAACAUUUACUUUUAUUUUGCUAUAAAAAACCGCAGUAAAUGUUAAUUACUUCAGAAAUAGUUAAGAUUACGAUUAUCUUAACAAAUUAAUUAAUUUUUUUGUUUAAUAAUAUGAAACUAUUGUUUUGAAAUAUAAAAAACUACUCUGGAAUAUUAAUAAUAAGGUCUUUAGUUGUUUUAUGCAUAUGUGGUCAAACUUUAAUUAAAAGGAGAUUUUGAACUUUUACGUUAGCUU